CAACGCUGAAACCCAUCAGUCGAUAUUUAGACGUUGACGUGUUCAUAUCAUCCGGUCUUAAUAACUGUGUCGUUUUAUUUAUUGUUUUGGCCCGAACAACUGUCGCAAAUUGUAGCUGCGCUAAGUUUUGUGCUUUGAUGUGAAGCCAGCCUAAAAAAAAAGUGAAACACAAACCAAAGAAAAAUACCUCUAGAAAUUUCUGUGAUCAAAUUAAAAAGGUUUUUUCAAAGCCAACAAAUCGUAAUAAAAUUAAAAAAAGACAAGAAAAAUAAAUAACAAAAACACACUUCCACUAUGCCACCCACCGGUACUCCCAACGACGAAGUCGAUCGCCACCACUCCCACCGUGAAUACAAAAGUCGUGUCAACGGAAAUAGUGCCCAAAUAGCCGAGGCGUCCGGGGACGAAGAUGAUACCUUCACAGAAGUUCGCAAACAAACAAGAAAUUCCGAUGGCACUAUCAAAUUACGUAACCGAAAUAUUGAACGUAUGGAUCAGGAUUUUCUCUAUCAUUUGGCCUUGGGCAGUGGAUCUCACGAUUUGGAGGAAAUGUUCGGUGAUGUUAAGUUCGUUUGCAUGGGCGGGACACCAAAUCGUAUGGAGAACUUUGCACAUUUCAUUAUGAAUGAAAUCGGCUACAAAUUACCUGCAGGCACGAUGUUGCAGGACAUUAGCGCCUACUCGUAUCGGUAUUCGAUGUACAAAGUUGGACCAGUGCUUUGCGUCAGUCACGGCAUGGGAACGCCCUCUAUUUGCAUUCUGAUGCACGAAAUGAUCAAACUGAUGCAUCAUGCCAAGUGCCAAGACCCGAUCUUCAUACGUAUUGGCACUUGUGGUGGCAUUGGUGUAGAGGGUGGCACUGUCAUCAUCACCGAGAAUGCUCUGGACGGUCAAUUAAGGAAUUCUCAUGAAUUUACCAUUUUGGGUAAAGUCGUUCAUCGCCCCGCCAAAUUGGACAAGAAGUUGGCUCGUGAACUUAAGGCCUUGGCCAGUCCCGAUGAUCCCUAUGAUACCAUAAUUGGCAAGACAUUGUGCACCAAUGAUUUCUAUGAAGGUCAAGGCCGUUUGGACGGAGCAUUCUGUGAUUUUUCCGAAGCCGAUAAAAUGGAAUAUUUACAAAAACUCGCCGACAAUGGUGUCGUCAAUAUUGAAAUGGAGAGUACCAUUUUUGCUGCCCUUACAUAUCAUGCUGGCAUCAAGGCUGCCGUUGUCUGUGUAGCCUUGCUGAAUCGUCUCAACGGUGAUCAGGUCAAUUCCCCCAAAGAAGUUAUGAAUGAAUGGCAGACACGGCCACAAAUUCUUGUAGCGCGAUAUAUACGCAAAGUAUUAGCCCAAAAGGGUCAACUGAAGAGUCUAUUCAAUGCUCAAGGAUCGAUUAAGUCACCCAGACGUUAUAAGCUGGUACAACAGGAAUCUCAGGCCCACGAAUAGAGGAGAUGACAGACAGGCAGACAAACUCACCAUAUAUAUACACUAAAACUACAACUUUAUAUAUUUUUUCAAAUCUCUAAAACUAUACAUGCCUAGUGUUAUUUAUAUAUAUAUGAAAAAAGUUAAAUUAUUCACUUGCAUACAGACAUGUGUACUUAUUAUAAAACAAAAAAAAAACACUAAAAAUUAUGUAUAUUUGCAUACAUAGAUGUGUGAACUAUGAAGAGCGGCAAGGCGAAAUAUUGAAGGCGAAAUAUUGAUUGAAGGACAUAUAUAUAUAUAUAUAUAUAUAUA